AUGGCAGUAGCAGCUUUCCAGAAUGGGUUAUACAGGAGCGGUUCGAGGGCGACUAGAAAAUUUCUAAGCCGACUCAUGAAAUUUCCCCCAACCACUUGGGACGAGAUACGCAAUGCCUACUGUGCCGAAGUGCGAGCUGACGAGGACGACCUUAAUGGGCCAACUCAACGUCUAACCUUGGUCCAAAUGGAAUCGAGGAAAGACCGAAGAAAUGACAACAGAAAGGACCAUGCAGGCUCGCGACCCUACCGUGAAAGGCAUCAACCAUAUGUCAUAGCCGCCGUCAUACCGCCUCCCGUCAUGGCGACAGCCCAUCCAGGCCGCCAACAGGGACUCACCAAAGCGAAAAAGGAACGGGGCCACAAAACCGAGGACUGCACCGCUCUAAGGCAAGAGGUCGUGAACAUGCUUCACCAAGGACAUCUGAAAGAACUUUUGAGCGAACGAGGAAGGGCAAACUUUUCUCGAGGACGCGAACAACAUCAAGGGCCACCAAAACCGCCCUCCCCAACUCGAACCAUCCAAAUGAUCAUGGGAGGAGGCAAUGAUGCGUCAAUCAACAACGUAAAAUUCACGACCACCCACAAGCUGAAACGGUCAAUCACUCAUGAAUGGUAUGACGAACUCGAAGAGAGCAUCGUCUUUGAUAAGUCGGAUACCCACAGUUUGGUAUUUCCUCAUUAUGAUGCCCUUGUUAUUACUUUAUACAUCUUAGAUAGUAACGUAAAACGUAUUAUGGUCGAUGAUGGAAGUGGCACAUGCAUUGUCCACCCUUGA